GCACUUGACACUCUUCUACCACAUGAAGUCAGGGCAGUUCUGCGUGUGCAUGUGGUCUUCAAUGGCUUAGUAAUAUGGUUUGCGGUCUGUGCGGCGCGCAUGCCAGCUGAAGUCCGCGCUGCCGGCUGCCUGGCACGAAGUGCGCUGCGAGGUAAUUGCAUGCUUUGGAACUCACGCCAGAAUACCUUCGUCGUAGGAUCCCGUACGUGAACAGUAUCGUCUACAAGAUUGCCACGAUGCAUCGUCACCACCACCACCCGGAUCGCACCGAACAGGAGCAGAUUGAUUACGACGAGCAGAUGGCAGCGCAAAUGCAAGCUGAAGAGGAAAGCGGCUAUUCUCAGCAAGAGCCGCGUGGCGCAUUUCCUGGUCAACAAUAUCACUCUCAGCCUCAAUACCAAGGCUACAACCAAGGUCCUCCUCAAGGAUAUCAAGGCGGUCCUCCUCAAGGGUAUCAAGGCGGUCCUCCUCAAGGGUAUCAAGGCGGUCCACCUCAAGGUUACCAGCAGGGAUCCCCUCACGGAUACCAGCAGGGACCUCCCCAAGGCUAUCACCAAGGCCCGCCCGGAGGUUAUCAAGGCGGUCCUCCGCAAGGUUGCCAAGGUCGCCCUCCUCAAGACUAUCAACAAGGGCCGCCUCAAGGCUUCCAAGGCGGUCCUCCACACCAAGCAGUCAACCCGAUGCAAAACUCACAACGACAACUGCGACGGAAGUCUCUUCUCAUCGGCAUCAACUACACGGGCUCCCAGCAUGCGCUUCGAGGCUGCCAGCAGGACGUCUCCAACAUGAUGCAAUUCCUCAGUUACAAAGGCUAUUCGAGCGACGCCAGGUCUCAAGUGGUGAUGCGAGAUGAUAAUCAUACCGACCCACGAGGCCCUUUUUGGCCCACCGGAAAGAACAUACUUGCUGCAAUGCACUGGUUGGUGUCGGAGCCAGGGACGUGCAAUUUUCUCCACUAUUCUGGCCAUGGAGGACAAGUCAGAGAUCCAGAUGGCGACCGCGACUCGGGUUUCGAUGACACCAUCGUGCCGCUUGACUACGAAACGAACGGGCAACUCGAUAGCGACAAGCUCCACAGAACACUGGUGUCUGCAUUGCCGCCAAGUAGCACCCUCUUCGUCGUCUUCGAUUGCUGCCACAGCGGCUCUGCCAUUGAACUGCCAUUCGUCUAUCGCAGUGACGCCGACGGAAAUGUCAGCAUGGUGGACAAUGUCAAAGCCAGCGUCAAUUUGCUGUCCGAGGCUGGUAAUCUCAUCCAAGGCGGGUUCAGUAUGAGCAAGCUUGUCGAGGCAAAGGACCUGUUCUCUCAAGCAAGCACGCUCUUCCGACGAUUCCAACAUGGCGGCGAGCAGCAGGAGGAAGGCGUGGGCGAGGAGCAUUUCGUUGAAGACUGGAAGUCGGAGCACAAAUUUGCGACCAUGUUCUCGGGCUGUCGCGACGAUCAAACCAGCGCAGAUGCGAAUAUCGGCGGACAAGGCGUCGGGGCCAUGUCGUGGGCCUUCUUGGAGGUCAUGAAGAGGAAUCCCAAUCCUACCUAUCUCAACACGCUGCAACAAACAAGGCAAGUCCUCGGUCAAAGUCAUUACAAGCAGGUCCCUCAAUUGUCGAUUGGUUUCAAGGAAAUGGCCCUGGAUCAACCACUUCGAUUUUGAGUGGGGUGGGCGCAUCAUUAGCCUCUUCUCCCUCAAAGCCAUCCCAAACUCCAUUGUCAUUGCCUUGGUGACGAAGACGAGGAGAAGUUUGCUGCAGAUAACAAGGAGUCACGACGGUUCGGUGAGAUGAGAGAAUGGGGUAUCACUUGGGAGGACGAACCAAGAACCACACGA